AUGGACAGCAGCUGUGCUAAAGUGUUUUCUUCCAACAUUACGCGGGUUGGUAGUGAUCAUGUGAAUUAUCUUUACGAUCUUUUAAAAGUGCAACCAGCAAUACCUCUUAAACUUAUUGAUGUUAAAAAAACGACUUGUGAUUAUACACCUAAAACAGAUAAGUGUUAUAUACCAAAAAGAAAGUCACGACUGAAAGUUAAAACUGUUAGAGAUAUCAGAAAAUCGUUUGAACAAGAUACAUAUGCCUAUCUUCUUACUGAUUUAGAAACACAACAAAAUGUUUUAUUUAAAAAAAUUAGACAUGGGUCGUCAGGUGACUGUAAUACAAAAAAAAUGGCAAAAAGCAUUUUAAGGGGCGAUACACCUGUUUCGAGAUCUACCUGGCAGAUGUUGAUUAAUCUUAAUCCAGAAGACCAUAAAUAUCCACGUCAGUUUGUUUUAUACGAUGGGAAAUUUAUUCAAGUGAACGGAAGUUUCGGGGGCAAUAGAAAAACCAUUUGCAACUACGAUUUAGCAAACAAGAGUUUACCAGCACAAAACGUUAAAAUGAAAUUUCCUGGUGAUAAUAAAGUACGGAAAAAAAGCCUUUUACGCAACUCUUUGACCGUUAGAUUCAAACCAGGUCCCUUUUGCAGGAAAAAAAUUCUUGACACAUCCUACCAAAAAUAUCAUGUUGGGAACACUGAAUUAUUAGAUCUGCCAAAACCAGGUAUCGAUAUAUUUCCAACAUAUGGUAUUGCGUUAGAACCAACAAUUACCAAUUUUUUAAAUAAUUUGCGUCACGAAGAUGGCACUAUUACCCGAAAAUGGGCUGAAUUAGCCGUGUCUGUUUUAGGCACAAUCGAAAAAUCUAAAGCGGUUCCACUAGAAAAGAAUUGCAUCACAUUUGAUUUAGGAUACAAGUAUAAUAAAAACAAAUUACUAAUGCGCCGUGACUCAGAAUUUUUUUUGGAUAUGUCAGAGUCGAUAAAUAAAGAUGCAAUCAUUAAAGAUGUACAGACACAAGAAACAGAUGUAGGAGCUGAAGUAGAAGAGAUGCUGAAGAAGAUCGUAGACUCUGUAGAAAUAAGUUUGGUUCAAGAUUCAUUUUUCGUUAAAGAAGAAAAUAUCAAACCAUUUCCAUGUAAAGAUAUGAAUAGCAUAGAUACUUUGCCAUUGGUAAAGGAUAAAUCAAAGAGGAAAUUUGGCGAACUAGACAGACUUGACGUUACAGUUAUUACUUUGCCGGAAACCGCACAACGUACUUCAUCGCAAACUUGUUCUAAAAUGUACUGUGGUUUAGGUUGUAUUUGUGCAUCAUUAACAGGCUCAUACAAUAUAAAGCAACAUUGUGGGCGUGUAGAAUGCAUGUUCAAUUGUAAAUGCGAUUUUCCUUAUAAAGGUGAUUUAUCAUGUGCAGAUGGUUCAAGUCUAUUUCCAGUGUUAUUCAAUAUAGAUAAUGAAAUGAACUUAAAUUUAGCGAAAGAAGAGCAAAAAUUUCAUCAAACUGUUAUUGUAGCUGGCGAAAAAAGAAUAUUGUUGAAAGGAGAAAAAAGAAAUUGGAAAACAUCAAAAAAGUACGCUGAUUUUUAUAGUAAUAUGAGCUUAAAACAUGAACACCAGAAAAAACGAGAGCUAACUGUAGUAGCAUUGAAACUGAACUGUGAAAACAUUGAAUCUUGGUGCAUGGUUCAUAACUUAUACAAGUGCUUUUGUAAAGGUAGAUUUGUAGAAACUUGUGCUUCAAUGUCAAGCGAAGCUGUAGUCAAAGAGUCACCGCCUAUGGAUGCAAUAAGUAAUAGUAUUGAACAUUUAGAAGAAAACUUAAAAGAAACGAGUGAUAAAGAGGAAAUUUGGUACUAUCUACAAAAUCGGAACAAGUAAAUUCAGAAAAAAAAUCGAAAGCAUAUUAUAACUCGUAUACUAAGCACAAUAAACUUUAUUCAUCAAAAGACCUGAAUAACUCUUCAUAUGAUAUGAGUAUAACACAAAAAACAAAGUACGAUCCUCUCGUAAAUAAAAUUAAAUAUAAAAAAGUAAUAACUAAAAAUAUACAACAAACUGAAAAUGAAAGUUCAGUUCCAGAAUUUGUCAAUACACAGAGGGUUAUGGUAACAAGGCAUUCUAUUAAAAAGACAAAUGUGAAGGAAAACUGUCUCGUAAAUGAAGAAAAGCAACAUGAAAUAUCUGAUUCAGAAAGUAAAGAUUCAGAUUACUGGGGAGACCAAAGUAUGACAAGUUCAAGAACGAAUGCAUACGAAGGGAGAAAAUACAGCAAUGGCUAUUACAAAAACACUAAUUAUAAAAUAUUAAACAUGGAGAAAAAUGAUAAGAGGCUUCAGGAAAAGCUAGCCAGUAUUCAUAGGAAAAUCUACGGAAAUGAACCUGUUAAACCACCAACAACCAACGAUGAUGCUGGUAUAUUGCAAUUACUUUGUGACCCUACUGUGAAUAAUGAAGAAAUGGAACCUAAAGCUAAAAGAAAGCGUUUAGGCAGUAACACCAAACUUGUUGCGUGGUUAGAAACAAAUUAUAAAUUGUACAAAAAACGAAACGAUAAAGGCUUGAAGGAUUGUUUAGAAGCUCCACAGCAAGGAAAAGUGGCGUUACAUUCAUGGGAUUUUAUUUUAAAAAGAUAUAGAGAAAGAAAGAAUCUUUUUUUAGUGUCUAAUGUACCACCUUACAGAAUUUUUAUGGCAGUAAAUACCCGAAAUCCAUUUUUCGCUAAUUGCAUCAAUAUAAAUGAUAUUCGUUUUGCGGAUCUAAAUAAAUAUCCACAAACUGUUAAAAACUUACUCAUUAAUGCAUCUGACUUAAAAGAUAACUUCUGUAUUUUACGUGGACUAGCUUGUUGCUGGGAGCUAAUUGGUUCUGUUGCUAAAGUGAAUGAAAAUAGUGAACAGAAAGACAACGAAAACGAUGAAAUAUCACAAAUAAACAUAAAGACAUUCAAUGUGAAAUCAUCUGACAUGGAAUCUUCUAAAAUUGAGACCUUUAAUGUUAUACCAUGCUGUAGUAUAGAGACUUUUAAUCUGGAAUCGUCUAAUUUGGGUUCGCCUGAAAUGGACUCUUUUAAUAUAAAUUCCCCUAACACAGAUUCAUGCGGCCUAGGGUCAUCUAACAUGAGAUCAUCUGAUAUUGAAUCAAUAAAUUUGGAAUCAUCUAGUGUUGAAUCGUUCAGUAUGGAUAAUGGUAGCUCAGAUUCAUUUAGAGUGGAAUCUGUUGAAACGGAAUCUACAAAUAAGGAAUCUACAAAAAAGGAAUCUACAAUAAAGGAAUCUACAACUACAGAAUCUACGAAUAUGGAAUCGUUAUCAGUAUGUAGUCAAGUUAAUUCAGUGACAAACAACAAAUCUUUGGCUGAGAAAACUGAACAUAAGGAUGUUUCUAAUAAAGGCAAUACACUUUCUCCGUUAGAUGCUGGUUCAUCAAAAUGGUUCGUCAUGACUAUAGAACAUGAUUUUAGUGAAAUAAGGUUUUUCAAAAAAGGUUUCUUUGUUAAAUAUGAGAGUAUAAUAAAUGCAGUUAACGUUGCCCGACUAUCAGGAAAAACAGUACGACUAUCUUCAAAAAAAUUUACACAAAGUGAUCUGCCUCAAUUUGGUAUUUACGCUAUUCCCAAUAACAACGAAUACUGUGUGUUUGUUGGACCGUAUGAAAUGGAAGACCCUUUAGGUAUUGAAACUAUUAAAACUAUUUUGGACGUUAGAAGAAUGAAGAGAACCAGGGGUUUUUGGAUUACCACGAAUAAAAUCGACAAUCUGAAAGUAGUAGAAAACCCCUUGUCAUUUGUACCAUCAACAAAUAAUGAAAAUAAUAGCGCAAUGCCUUUAGAAACUCAUUUUCCAACAAACGACGACACAAAAAUAAUACAAAGAGAUGACAUAACAGAUGCACAAGAUAGUAUUUCACCAAACAAGAUUGAAUCGUCACCUUCUAAACCAGGAAUUAAAAUUGUAAAACCAAUUAAAAUUCGCAAAACUAAUGGCUUUUAUCAUCUAGCUUCAGAUGGUGUAUUGAAAAAAAUAGCUUUAAAAAGUUUUCGUAAAAAUCCAUCCAGCUCCAAGGCAGUGCCUGUCGUAAUAAAUAUUGAAGAAAGUAAUGGACCAUCUUUACUAAAACCUAAUCUUUUUCCUAACGACUUCAAUUGUAAACCUGUCCCAGAAACAUCACAAGGUUUAGUUUCUGAACCUAUAUCUCAAAUAAAGAUAUCUUCUGUAUUUUCAACAAAAACACAUACAACUACCAAACCCGAAAGAGGCAUGUUUAUAUUAAAACCUGAAGAAAUCAAUAGAAAGCUUGUCAAUAAUAAAUUAAUAACUGAAAUGCCUUCUAGAGAAGAGUGUGAAAUUAUCAAAGCAACUCAAAAGUAUAGUGUAUCAGCAUCGAAUACAAAUAGCAUUUCCACUCCUUCAGAUGAUGUUUGUAUAAUUUCUGACGACGAACAGGAUAGUAGUGACCCUACAGAAAACUGCAAUUUUUGGUCUGAUAUAUGGAUUGAAUGUACAAGCGUUCCGAAUUUGGGCUGGAUUGCAGGAAUAAGAAAUUCUAAUCAUUUGAUCAGUUAUAAAUUACCAGAUUCCGAAUUUUCUGAUUUUUAUACUGAAGACGAAGCUUUUACAAGGAUUAACAUGGAAUUAUGUAAAAGGAUAAAUAGUCCCCUUGUUGACUUGAAGUGGAAAAUUAAUGAGUCGAAUGGACAACUGAAAGGACAAGAAAUCAACCCUGAACAUUUGUAUCCGGACUAUACACUUACCCAAGAAGGACUGGUACACACAAGCGAUAUGUUAAAAAAAGAUAUGAAAAACAUAAAAACGUAUUCAAAAUCUCAAAUGAGAAGCAAAAAGAAUAUUUCGAAAUCCUCCAGUGAUAUUGACAAGGUCGAUGUGCAGCCAAGAAAUAUAGAAAACAGUCAAGCAUCCAAAGAACAGCGGCAUUGA